UCUAGAGACCAGGAAGUCCAUUAUAGAUCUCCUAUUCAUCAGUAUAUCAACUUAGCAGAUAAUAAAGAAACUACCUCUACCAAUCAUUGGGAUAUUCUUUUAAAUAAUACUAGUAUUAGAGGAGCCUUGGCAAAUUACCUGCAAGCCCAAACCUCACUUGGUAUCACACCUCAGAGUAUUGCUCAAGCAGAACAAGAAAAAAGAAAUAGACAACAAAACCAAUUCUGGAUGCAAUACUUUGCCCAACCUGCAUUUGCAGAAGAAACAGAAUUUCAGAAAGAAAAAUUAAAUUCUCAGGAAGUCUAUACUAUUGGACAAUUAGAACUAGAAGAGGAGCACUUAUUAACUUCAGAAGAUCAUGUAGAAACAG